CCUUCUUUUUUUUCUCACGCUCGCUGUCUCUCUUGCUUUCAUGGUUAAAAUUGAACCUUGAUCGUCCCUCUCUCUUGAUCUUUUUGUUUUCGUCAAGUUUUUGUCGCUUUUUUUUUUAUUCUAUUGAUCAUACCACAAGUCAUAUCAUGGUCCAAACAUCCGAUGAUGCUAUUCUUGAUUUGAUGUUUAAUCCCGAGGCACAGGGGUUGCCUUUGAGCUCUUUUGAGUCAUCCGAAGGACAGUCCCCAGAGGACUUGUACGAUGCGAAACUGUUAGAGCAGUUAAGAACCCUUGAAAAAGAAGCAAUCGCACAAGCAGAGAAGGGAGAUACGGACGGCGCUUUGAAGACACUUGAACAAUGUAUUGGGCUAGAAGCCACCUACGCCUCCGCCUAUAACAAUCGAGCCCAAAUAUAUCGCAUGCGAAAAGAGGACGACCUUGCUUUAAAAGAUCUCAACCACGUCAUUGACACAGCUAGUAACCAGCCAAAGAUCCUUCGUCAAGCAUAUACUCAGCGAGCCAUCCUCCGACGACAACAGGGCGAUUUGGCCGCAGCUCAACGUGAUUUCGAAAUGGGUGCCAAGUAUGGAAAUUCCAUUGCCCGAACCAUUGCGGUGCGUGAGAAUCCUUAUGCCAAAAUGUGUAACCAAGUAAUGAUGGAAGUGAUGAACCGAGAACUAAUGCGUGGUAUCGUCAACGACGAGGAAACCAAGAAGGACUAAACCUCUGACAUCCCCGAGUUUUCCUCCCCCUCUUUUUUUUUUUUUUUUUAUAAACUCUGCACAGCAUGUUUCUUGCAAAUCUCUAAAAA